AUGGAUCUCCGCUCUGUCCUCAACACGGCGGAUAAUGGCGAGCGCCCGCCUCCCGCUCAAGCUCCGCCCACGCCGCAGCAGCAGCAUCAGCCUCGCCCGACGCCGAGCCCUGCCACCCAGUACGGCUUUCGCGACUACCCUCAGCCGGCCCCCCAUCCGUCGCCCGGCAAGCACAUGAGCCAGGAUUUUACUCAUCACCCGCAUCAGCUCCCAGGCGGUCCGUACCCGCCCUCGCCGUACCAAGGCCCUCGCCAGUACGCGGCCCGAGUCGCGCCGCCCCAGCAGCAGCAGCAGCAGCAGCAGCAGCAGCAACAGCAGCAACAACAGCAGCAACAACAACAGCAGCAGCAGCAGCAGCAACAGGCGGCAAACCCAUUCCAUGACGGGCGAUCUCCCGGAGCCAUAGUGAUACCAGCUCAAUCGCCCUAUCGGCUGACGCCCACGCCGACGAGUGCCCAGGCAGGCAGCACGGCAGCCUAUCCCUUCCCGCCCACGCACGAGCAACAUCAAUUGCAACAAACACCACUCCACCACCACCACCAGCUGCAGCAAAACCAGCACCCGUCGCGCCAUCAGCGCCGAGACAGUCACCCGCAACCCGCCGCCGCUGCCGCCCUUGGCCCGCCCGUCUACGCACACCAGCAACAGACACCCCCCCUCGGCACGCCGUCCUCACUUCCCUACCUCCACCAGCGGUCUCAGUCCGCGCACUCCACUCCCACCCCGACCCCGACCUCUGCCCAGAGCCAGCAUCAGUUUGGCCCGCCGCAGGCUCACCCUCAUGGCAGCCCCGUAGCCGCCCCCAAGCCGUCCCCCGCCGCCGCCGCCUCGCCUGAAUUGGCCCGUCAGCUCUCCCAGCCACCCACGCCUCUCGGUCCGCCCCCGUCGGCCGCUCCCUGGCAGGCUUCCACUCCCGGUGCCUUUGCCCACCCCCCGAGCCCCCUCCAGCAGAGGACAUCGUCGGCCGGCCACCAGCAACCAUCGCCCAAUCAUCCGCCCCCUCUCCUCACCUCCUUCGCCGCCGGCCAACGCGUGCCGAGCGUCCACAGCACGUAUGAUUCACCCGCCUCCGACUCCCACGCCCGUCCCAGGUCGCGCCACGAUCGUGAAAAUAGCCUCUCCGUGAGCCCCAGGACGCGUGUGGCGUCCCUGGCGAGCAACACGGGCUCCGAGCCGGAGAGGAGGUCCGCCCCCGCCGCCCGGAGCAUGACCGUCGACGUCGACACGGCCGUGACCCCGGCGAAACGGAAGCUCGAAGACCGCAGCAUGAGCCCCGGGGAGCUCGAGCAUAGAGAGGCUCGGCCGCCCCCUGCCGAGGCCAAUGGCGGCUUCCACCAAGAGUCGGCGUCACCCGUAGCCGCCCGAAAGAAACGCGUGCCUCGCGCCCAACCGCCCAUCUGGGCCCAGAGCGCCCAAAUUUUGGGUCGCAAGAUGCCCAGCCAUGCAAAUUUUGUCCUCCAGAAGCUGGUGCGCGCUCACCUCAAUGGGAAGCCCGACCCCCCCCCCCGGACGGACCACUCCAGCCGUCAUUCGUCGCCCGAGGCCGGUCGCGCCCAACCCAGCGGCCCAAGCCCGCGGGACAUUCUGGGGCCCUGGGAGGCCAGCAUCACGGGUGUCAAGCCGUACGAGGAAAUGUCCAAGACAGUUGCCGACUUCAUCUUCAUUCAUGUCGUUAACAACCCUGACCUCAAGGAGAUUGUCAGCCGCGGCAUCCAGUUUGAAAUUGAGGCCAAGCUCGGAACCCUGAUUGACAAGGAUACAAACUGCCGAGUCGACAGACUCUUGGACUCGGAGUGCGUCUUGCGCGACACGGGCCGCAUCGCCUUUCGGAGCAGCAUGACCGAGGUACAUCACAAGGCUUUCAACGACUUUUUGAACCAAGCCGUCAUCCAGACCGAUCCGCGAGCGCCAAGCGGGGGCAGCAGAGUACAGGUCCACUACAAGCACCGACGAGAGAUUGACCGAUUUUUCGACCUCCCACCCGAUCUGCAGAGCCACCUCCCCGGAUGCAUGCGGUCCCGACUUGGCUCCCGCAGUAGAAACGUCCGCGUGAGAGUGACGUACGACCAGAAGACGCGCGAGGUUCUCAAUAAGAUCAUCAAGGCCCGCGUGGCCGACAUUGACUUACACAUGCCGUCUAGCAUGAUGGACUGCCGACUCAGCAUCAACCUUGAAAUGAACUGGGACGGCUCGGCCGAAGAGCUGGAGCAGCUGGCUGGCAACCAGACCGACAGGCAACCUGAACGCAGCAAGGAUCGGCUGAGCUACACCCAAGGACAUUACCAAGUUGAUCUCACGCAGGUCACACAGACCAUUUUCGGCCCAGGGAACUCGCAACGGAUCGACAAGGAACACGAGCUCGAAAUCGAACUAGCUCCCGGCAUCGUCCUCGACCAAGGCUCCAAGGCCAUGAACGGGGCACCCCAUCGGUAUUCUGAGCUCAUCGAGGGGUUGGUGGACAAUGUGCGGGUGCUGGCCCGCAAGGCCAGGGAGUUUAACGGGUGA